AUCGACACCUUUUGCCCCCCACCAUGCCUAGACCAGACCUCAUCUUUGCUGCUCUUUUUCUUCUUAUCGCCUUAAUUCAUGAGACCUGCAGUGCCAAAGAUAAACAUUACUGUCCACCUUCUUCUUGUGGAAAUAUUUUGAAUAUUAGCUACCCUUUCAAAUUAAACACGGAUCCGCCUCACUGUGGAGAGGCUGCAGAUCCAGCAUAUUCUCUGUCCUGUGAGAAAAACCUUACAGUAUUCACUUUUAAAUCAGGAAAAUUCUACGUGAAAGCAAUCAAUUAUGACAAGCAAACAAUUCGAGUAGCUGAUGCUAGUGUUAAGGAAGGGAGCUGCUCCAUACCUCAAUAUUCCUGGGACUUCUCAACGCCUUUCCCUUCUUAUGAUUUUUAUUCGGAGAGUAUUCUUUUCAUAAGUUGUGAAAAUUUUGUAAAUGCCUCGCGUUAUGUGGAAGCUCCUGCCUGCAUUAACAGCAGCUCUUUCUUCACACCUUAUGGGCCUGAAUCUGAAGGCAAAAGGUUUUAUUAUGUGAAAAUUGGAAGCACAACUCCACUUGAGUUAAAACCUUCAUGCCGUAUUGAGAUAAUGACACUUGUACCACCAAUACUAAUGGAGAAGAAUUACGAGAACGUCUCCUACCUGGACAUCCACCAUGGGUUAGCAUCUGGAAUUGAGUUGUCAUGGUGGGAUGCUUCAUGUGGAGAGAGGGGUUUUUCCUACAUUAACAAGGAAAACCAGUGUGUUUCUUAUGUUGCAGAUCUAGGGGACAUGGUUUUCGCAAUUUUUGGAGCACUUUUAUCUCUGCUCAGUUAUUACGUACCUGGUAAGUACCUUUAAUCCACAUCUUGUUCAAAUAUAUUAUAUAUAUAUGAAGUAAGAAUAAAGUCUUUAAGUAUUAUAAGAAGAGCAGUCAAACUCGACCCUCGUCCUUUUUCUUUCUUCUCUUUCUUUGUCUCUGUUAAAAUGAGUUUGAUAUUGUGAUAAUUUUGUAAAUACUUUGAUUUGUAAAGGCAUUUUGAUAGAUAAAAGUUUUAAAUUGAG